CAGGACGGCCAUGAGCGCGACGACGCUGCCCGCCAUUUGCAAAGACCUCGACGGCGAUGACCGAUGGCUGAGCAUCCACAAGCGAUUCGUGGCCGAGUGCAAGGAGAAGGACCCGGACGUGAUGUUCAUCGGUGACUGCAUACUCGAGUCGCUGCAGUUCACCGACUACUGGAACCAGCACUUCGUACCGAUGCACUGCCUUAAUUUUAGCAUACGCACCGACCGGACGCAGAACAUCCUGUGGCGGCUGCAGAAUGGCGAGCUGGAUAAUGUACGUCCGAAGGCGAUCGUGCUGCACGCCGGUACCAAUAACAUCGGUGAUUCGGCCGAGGAAGUGACCGAGGGUAUCCUUGAGCUGGUGCGAUCGAUCCGCCAGAAGCUUCCCGACGUGUAUAUUAUUCUUCCGACACUGUUGCCUCGCGGACAGCAACCGAACGAGCUGCGAGACAAGAAUGAUCAGGUGAAUCGAUUAUUGCGCGAGCGUUGCAUCGGCAUCAACAAGGUCCAGAUCGUGACCGUCGACAGCGGCCUCAUUCAGAGCGACGGUACCAUCAGCCACCACGACAUGUUCGACUAUCUAAACCUCACCAACGUCGGCUGCAAGAAGGUGUUCGAGCCUGUAUGCGAUCUGUUGCAUCAAAUAUUGACCGAGAACGAGCGCGAGCGUGACCUCACCCCAUCCGAGUAGUUCGGCGUGAACGAAACCCUGCAGACCCCACGUCAAUGGAACCGCAAUCCGUUUUUGUUGCUUUCGCUUUCCCGUGCUCACAUUCCAAUAAUCUGCUUUUGUUUUCGAUGUUCGUUUUGCAUAUCGAUCCAAAUUCUUGAAUUAUGUUAUGAAAAAUCUAUUCAGGAGGAAGCGUGAGUAGGGCGGAUUUGCAUGUUUGGAAUAGAAGCAUAGAUUAGAAGUCUUUCGUCUGUAGUUGCAAAGCUGCCUCGGUAGCUUAGAGCCAAAUUGAAGGCCUUGGAAACAAUUUAAUCAUUGGAUUUCUCCUGUCUCCCCCAGCAAGUGUACUAACGUGGCUGUACUGUAAACAGAGUACUACUUUCCUUAUUGAUAAUUGUGUAUUAUUUAGCUUAUGUUAUUACUAUUAUAUGAUUAUUAUCGCUAUUACUUUUAUGGUUAUUGCUAACUUUGCAUUCCCAAGGCGGUUUAUUAAUGGGAGCUCAUUAAUGUUAUUAGGGUUAUGAAUUUGAUUUCUUUCUAGCUUUUUAAGCAUAUGCGCCCUAAGCCGGCAAACCCUCGGAUGUAGAAAAAGAAGUUUGAAAGUCCCCAAAACUAGGCAAAACAAAAAGAAAACGGAACGGUGCUUUAGCGAAAGAGAACCAAACCAAAUGAAUCGAUGUACGGAUCGGAAGAUCGCGUAGCAGGGCUGUUAGUGGAGCAAAAUUUUUGUUCGCUAAUUUUCGUGUAACUGUUUAACUUGCUAUUGAUACUGCUUGGGAUUUAUUAUUUUCCCUUAGCCUUUCGGUGAUCGGCUUUGCAAGACGGAAUGAUAAAAGAGGUAUAUUAGUAAACACUCGUACAUUCCAUCGAUUCUCAGAACUGUGCCGAUCGACGACGGAGAUCGUGCAUAUGUUCUUGCAAUUGAAUAAAAAAAAACAUAAUGAUCUCAUCCUGCGCAGUUUUACGUACGCUUCAUGUUACUGCUUUUCGGUAAUCUUAUCUAAGUUAAAGGUGCUUGCACAGUUCGUUUCGGCCGCUCUCGCUGGUGUGGUUUGCGCUGGAUAUAGUGCUUUUCUUUCUCUAUGCAGGGAUGAAGCGACAAACGAAACUUAAGCAAAACAGUUACUAUAUUUCGCUACGUUUAUGAACUGCAACCUUUGCGGUAGGUAAAGGAAUGCCAAAUCAGGUGUAUGAGUGUAGGAACGCAAGCGUGGCAAAGUGUGCAAAUUUAUGGUUUGCUUCUCCCGGAACGAGAAGAUCUCGUUUUUUUUCAUUUACGUUUUCCGUAUGCGCUAAGCGUGUGGGUUGCGCGAAUCCAGACAAGCCACCGAUUGGAUUGGGCGGUGGGACGACAUGACAACACUGUAAAGCGAUGAGGAAAAUAACUCAAUAAAACGAACUAACUCUACUGUAUUUGAA